AUGCCUCUACAGAUCCCCCACCCAAACACUCCCCUACAUCUCUAUCGACACCUACUUCGAGAAGCCACAUACCUUCCUCUCCUUUGUCGACCAUGGAUAACUGACCGCAUUCAAUCCCGCUUUCGCGAUUGUCGUCAAAAGACAGACCCCAAACCUCAUAUCAAAGAUGCUCACCACUAUCUCCGAUACCUUCGUUCUGCAAACAUCGGCCAUGUCAACCGGAUGUUGCGCCUAUGUCGCCUAGCGGCAGGCAGGGUUGGCAAGCGACGCCGUAUCCUAGGCAGGACUGAACUAUCCAGUAGCCCUCCAAGCAACUCUGAUGAACUAGAAGAGAGAAUCACACUACCCAAUGGCAAGUCGCGAGAGCCCGACUGGUUAGAUAACUGGUCUGUAGAAAAAGUUAUGGCCAUCGCCACUUCACAAAGCCAGCAAGAGGGCAAAAACUUGCCUUUUAAUAUGCGCCGAACCGUCGACCCAAAGAAGGUCAUCCCGAAAGAAAAUUGUUUUGGUCGCCCGCUCACCGCGAAGUUGGCAAGGAACAAGCUAAAGAAACAUUGGAUAUCGAUUCUCCGCCAGUUACUACCCCCGCUACCCCGAGGAGAAUGGGAUCAGUUGGGUACUAUUGCAAGAGGUGAAGCCGACGCUCAGUAUUAUAAGAUGCCUCCAAGGAGACAAGUCGCGCAGCCGCUUUCAAUUAGUCACGCCCCCCCAGAGUCAACCUGGACAGACUUUGUGACGAAACCAAUACGAUCUUUAGAACGAGGAAACUCGCGGAAGAUGAAGAGUCUUAGCGGGCGUGAAGAUGAGGAUCCCCGAGGGCAUGGGCGGCCCAUUGGCAUCCGAGUAUUAGGCCGAAGGAGACUACGUCGCAGUUUAUAUAUUGGUAUUUGGCAAGCAUCACCCAUUGCAGAGAAGCAUCCCCGAUCGGGAAAAUGGUCUAUCACCUGGGGUAAUAGCGAGCAGCCAGUUCCCCGUCCCAGAAAAAAGGAUCUCCAGUUCUUUCAAGGUAUCAAUAAAGCCGGCGUACCUAUAUAG